GGAUCCAUAGCUCAUAAAUUUAGUAUUUUAUGAUUUUCUAACGAAUCUCUGACAUCGAACGAAUAAUAAUACAAAUUUUGAUAAGGAACUGAAUUUUAAUAAAACUUUAAAGGAGGAUUUAUUAGGUUUUACUUUUCUUAUAUUGAAAUUUCCAUUGUCCAAUUACAUAGGUGUGUAGCCUUUUGUUCGAACUUAAAUUUAAGUUUCUUAUUGCUUCAAAAUGAUAGCCUUCAAUUUUACAUCACUGAAUCUUUUCUUAAACAUGAUCGUUCAUGCUUAUUCAAAGUAAAGUUAGAUGCAAAUACAUAUGCCUACAUAUUGUUAAAUGCAGCCAGAAAUUUCUGUAUAAAUAGCUGUUUCAGUUUAGGAUGUAUCUCAUACCGUCGACGAUGAAUCUCAGAGAAGAACUUUUACAAGUUGAAGAGGAAGUUUUGUUCAAGCCUUGUAAAAAGGUUAUUGAAUUAAAACAAAAUGAAAAAUAUCGUAUUGGUAAACUGAAACGUUGUGUUACGAAAUUUGGAGAACGAAUUGUUGCUGAUUUGGGCGAAUUUCAGACUUUCUUCCCAAUGCGAUACAACAAAUUGUCAGACGCUGCAAUAACCGAAAUCAAUCGAGGUUCAUUCAACUUUACCUAUUUAUGUCCGUUAGGACGAACUGCUAGUAUUAAAAUUGAAGAAGAACUGUAAAUUAUUAAAUAAACCUUACAUGUUCUGAGCAUACAUAUUUUGUUUUUAAUUGCCUCUUUUCAUUUCAUUUGCGUAAAAGUGUUUACUUUAUGAGGGGAAGAGUUUGACAGGUUUCAACAUGUUUACCUCUGGUUAAUCAGCGAAAAUAAAUUAAACUGAAUUCAUACAAAAUCAAUAGUAUUUAAAUAUACUUUUAAGGUUUUUAUAUUGGGCAUGUAACAAGUUAUUAAGGCGAGAAAAGCAUAUUACAGUUUCAAAAUCUGUUUGCUAGCUAGAAAACCAUAAAAUACAAACUUAAUAGCAUUUUUUCUUAAAAAAUCAUAGAUACUAAAUUUAUUGGGUCAAAGGAUGGUCAGUAAAUUUAAAAAGAAUAAAUUAUAAACUAUCUUCACGUAUACCAUCAUCAUGUAAACUUACUUUUUAAGUUAUGAGGCCACUAGAAAAUCAGAAAUAUAAAUAUUUUACCAAAAGUAAUAUGUGUCAAUUUUUAAAGCAUGAUGAACAUCAGAAAAUCCUAGAUGAAUAAAUUAUGAUGUAUACUUAUCUACAGUACAUAGUCAGAGAUUCAUUAGAAAAUAAUAAAAUACUAAAUUUAUGAGGUGUAGAUUACUUACUAAAGGGAGUCUGAUUAUCUACUAACUCGGUUUUGAUAUUCAAGAUGUUUGAGCUAUAUACAAACCUAGCUGAUAUAUUCAAAAUAUUCUUAUUCUUAAAGAAUACCUCGC